AUGGAAUCUACACAACAACGACGAAUCACGAGACAUCGUGAAUUGCGCGCUUGCACAGUUUGCAGAAAACGCAAGUUGAAAUGUGAUCUCAAAGUUCCUUGCUCAUCUUGUAUUCGAAGAAACGAAGCAUCUGCUUGCGUCUACUCAAAAAAAGGCUUUGAAGGAUCACAGGGCGGACCAAGUAGAGAUCAAAAUCGCCUGUCAGCUGCAGAGAGGCUUGAACACUUGGAACAAUUGGUGCAGCAGCUAUCACAGCCACAGGAAGCUCCCGUAAUCGUGGAUGGUGGUAAUGUGUUUCAAACCGGGAGAGCUGGUGUAUCUCAAGGAGCAGUCCAUAGCGGCGCAACUCAUUGGUCUGCGAUGCUUGAUGAUAUCGAGGAACUACGGACAGUGAUUACGGAAUAUGAUAACAUUAAUGGCGUGAGACCAGAUUUCAUUGGUACACAUGAGGAUUCAAUUGAUUACUUGCUUGGUGCAAAGGACUCAUCACUAACAUUCCAUCAAAUACUAUCACAAUUGUUACCUCCAAAAAUUAAAGUUGAUCGUUUAGUGGGAGCUUAUUUUAGGACGAAAACCGUUGCAGCUCCUUUUGUUCAUACCGCACAAUUCCGUCAGUACUAUCAGUCCUUCUGGGCCAAUCCUUCCAAUGCUUCACCACUUUGGACCUCAAUGUUGUUCUCAAUCCUCGAUAUAGCUACCCGGGCAGUGUCAACAAAGUCAGUCACAGAUGAGGAGAGUUCAAUCGAACGAUAUGAUGUAGCGGCCGCACAAUGCUUAGUCGCUGGAGAUUACCAUCGGCCUCAAAAAUUUUCGGUUGAAGCGCUUCUUCUAUUAGUACAUUCCAAAUGUCUCGCAGGAUUAGAUCUCGGCUCUAGCAUAGCUAUCCUUCUCGGAGCACUCGUUCGCUUAGCAACAGUCAUGGGUUACCAUCGCGAUGCUGAUAUAUCUGGAGGAAGAUUCUCCGCCUUUGAGGGAGAAAUGCGCAGGCGCACUUGGUCGAUGUUAUUGCAAAUCGAUAUGCUUGUUUCAUUCCAGCUGGGAUUACCUAGUAGUAUCCAAUUCCCAACUUGGGAUACAAAGCCUCCAACGAAUUUGUUAGAUUCCGAUUUUGAUGAAAACACUCUGCAACUACCAGCCGCUAGACCGGUAAAUGAACUUACUGAAUUACUCUUCUUCAUCGUAAAACACAAGCUAGUGACUGUCUUUGAAAAAGUCAUACGACACACACUCUCUGCUAUUGACAUGUCAAAUGAGGAGCUCGAAAAGCUCGAUCAAGAAAUCAGAGACACGUUCAUAAAUCUUCCGGAAGUUUUCAAAGCACGAGACAUGGCAGAUUCAGUGGUUGAUUCUCCAUCUCUGAUAGUCACUCGGCUUUGCGUAUAUUUCAUUUAUCACAAAUGUCUUUGCGUCCUUCAUCGAAAAUACAUAACGCGUGGGUCACCAAAGAGCCUUGAGGCUUGCUACGAGUCAUCAUGGGAACUGGUACGAAGAUUUCUAGAUAUGUAUAAAGAGUUUGAGCCUGGUGGACAAUUGGAAACACAGCGUUGGUUUAUGGGUAGUCUUACGUGGCAUGACUUUUUGCUUGCAUGUGCGGCAUUGUGUCUUACCAUUUGUUACUCGAGACAGGGUUUGCAUGAACUCGAUGUGACAUCAGUAGUAGAUGUGCCAGUUUUUUGGUGA